AUGCCUAAAACUUCUGAAAAGAAAAUUAUCGUCCCCCGUAAACGUAGAAGCGUUCACUUAUUUGAAACCCCUCAAUUUAAAGAAGAAUUUUUACGAUCUAUAAACAAACAUGUCAAAAGGACUUACCCUGAUGGGAUGAGCGUAGAAACUACUUUACCUCUCGAUCAACUUUUAGCACCUUGUAAGAAAACUCGUGGGAAAAAAGGAAGAAUUACAAGACCACAAAAUGCAUUUAUUUUAUAUCGUAAAGAUACACAAGCGAAGAUUUUUAAAAGUAAUCCUAAUACAAAAUUAGACCAAGUAUCUAGGAUAGUGAGUGACCUUUGGAAAAAUGAAACAAACCAAAGGAAAAAUCAUUAUAUUAAGUUAUCAGAUCUUUGUGGUCUUAUACAUCAAGAUCUUUUUCCCAAUUAUAAGUUCAAACCUAAACAAAAAGAAGAUGUAAACUUUGUAAAUGAACAAUCGGAAUAUCAUGAUUCAUUCACAAACCUGGCUCAUCAAAAUCAAAAUGGUUUGCUUUCUUCCUUCGACAUCAAUUCUCCAAUUUCGCAAGAUACCGAAGAUGUCGGAGAUGCCGAAGAUAUUUCGGCAACAACAUUGGAAUUAAUGGAGCCAACACAGAUUACUGCAUUUAAUGCAAUCAAUAAUUGUCCGGAACAAUUUUCUUUUACUACUGCAACUCAUUCUAUUUAUGAAAAUUCACAUUUCAAUGAAAAUUUGUUGGAAAAUGAUUUUUUUCAAUCACAUUUCGAUAAAUUCGAAAAAUUCGAUAUUACUAGCGCAACAAAUAAUUAUGAAAUUCAAAAUGUAGAAAAUUUUAAUGUGGAAUUCGACCCUUUACAAUCUUUCGCUUUAGACGAAAAUCCAUUUAUUUACACACAAAAUGAAAAAUUACCACAAGAAUUUAAUGAUUAUUCUAGUACUACAAUAUAUUCUUCUUCCACACAAACUAUUCCUACUUCUUAUCCGCCACCAAUUAUACCAAUUACGUCGACUUUUAUCAAUAAUGAUGUCGUUACUAAUAAUGCUUCGUCAUUUUUGUAUAACGAUUAUACAAUUGAAAAUAUUGAACCAGAAUUCCUCAAUGAAGAUUAUAUGCAAUUAUUAUACAAUUACGAUAAUUAA